GUGCGGGCGACAGCGCUGCUGAACAUGGCGUCGGACGGGAUGAUUUUAACGAACCACGACCACCAAAUCCGGGUCGGAGUCCUGACAGUGAGUGACAGCUGUUUUCGGAACCUUGCAGAGGACCGCAGUGGCGUCAACCUCAAAGAUCUGGUACACGAUCCCUCCCUGUUGGGGGGGAUGAUCACAGCCUACAAGAUAGUGCCGGAUGAGAUCGAUGAAAUCAAGGAGACUCUGGUGGACUGGUGCGAUGAAAAGGAACUUAACCUCAUCCUGACCACCGGAGGCACAGGCUUCGCCCCGAGAGACGUCACGCCAGAGGCCACUAAAGAGGUGAUAGAGCGCGAGGCUCCUGGGAUGUCUCUGGCGAUGCUGAUGGGUUCUCUCAAUGUCACACCACUAGGCAUGCUUUCCAGACCUGUGUGUGGAAUCCGAGGGAAGACGCUCAUCAUCAACUUACCAGGAAGCAAGAAAGGCUCCCAGGAAUGCUUCCAGUUCAUCCUGCCGGCGCUGCCGCACGCCAUCGACCUCCUGCGCGACGCCAUCGUGAAGGUAAAGGAGGCGGCCGAUGAGCUGGAGGACCUGCCCUCGCCACCGCCGCCCCUCUCGCCGCCGCUCAACAGUUCGCCACGCCGCCAGACGGAGGACAAGGGCGUGCAGUGCGAGGACGAGGACGAGGAGAAGAAGGACAGCGGCGUAGCAUCCACCGAGGACAGCUCCUCCUCCCACAUCACCGCCGCCUCCAUCGCAGCCAAGAUCCCAGACUCCAUUAUCUCGCGGGGUGUGCAGGUGCUGCCCAGGGACACAGCCUCUCUCAGCACCACGCCCUCGGAGUCGCCCCGAGCUCAGGCCACCUCCCGCCUCUCCACGGCGUCCUGUCCCACGCCCAAAAGGACACGGAGGCCUGAGGAAAGUGGUAGCGUGACUCUUUUAUACAAAGCUAUCAAAAUCCAUCGUAAACUGGAAGAGCUCCGAGGACACGUUCAGGGCAACGCUCCCAAUCGCUCCCUCCAUCUCCAGGUGCAGUCACGAUGCAGCAGCAAAGAAAAUAUCCUAAGAUCAAGUCACAGUGCAGUGGACAUCACCAAGGUGGCCCGGAGGCACCGCAUGUCCCCCUUCCCCCUCACCUCCAUGGACAAGGCCUUCAUCACUGUGCUGGAGAUGACCGCCGUCCUGGGCACUGAGAUCAUCAACUACAGAGAUGGGAUGGGUCGAGUCCUGGCUCAGGACGUUUAUGCCAAAGACAACCUGCCCCCCUUCCCUGCCUCUGUCAAGGAUGGUUACGCUGUGAGAGCGGCUGACGGCCCAGGCGACCGCUUCAUCAUCGGCGAGUCCCAAGCUGGAGAGCAGCCCACACACACAGUGAUGCCUGGUCAGGUGAUGAGGGUGACGACAGGCGCCCCCAUCCCCUGCGGGGCGGACGCCGUCGUCCAGGUGGAAGACACCGAGCUCCUCCGUGAAUCUGAAGACGGCACAGAGGAGCUGGAGGUACGAAUCCUAGUACAGGCUCGUCCAGGCCAGGACAUCAGGCCUAUAGGUCACGACAUCAAGCGUGGGGAGUGUGUGCUGGCUAAGGGCACCCACAUGGGCCCGUCCGAAAUCGGCCUCCUGGCCACGGUCGGAGUCACAGAGGUGGAGGUGCAGAAAUUCCCUGUGGUGGCCGUCAUGUCCACAGGAAACGAGCUGUUGAACCCAGAAGAUGACCUUCAUCCUGGGAAGAUCAGGGACAGCAACCGCUCCACCCUGCUGGCCACCAUCCAGGAGCACGGCUACCCCACUAUCAAUCUGGGCAUCGUGGGAGACAACCCCGAUGACCUUCUCAACGCUCUGAAUGAAGGCAUCAGCCGCGCUGAUGUCAUCAUCACCUCAGGAGGAGUGUCCAUGGGCGAGAAGGACUACCUUAAACAGGUGCUGGAUAUCGAUCUUCAUGCUCAGAUCCACUUUGGACGUGUUUUCAUGAAACCAGGUCUCCCAACAACCUUUGCCACCUUGGACACAGAUGGUGCUCGCAAACUAAUCUUUGCCCUCCCAGGAAACCCCGUGUCCGCUGUUGUCACCUGUAAUCUUUUUGUCAUCCCUGCCUUAAGGAAGAUGCAGGGCAUUUUGGACCCUAGGCCUACCAUCAUCAAAGCGAGGUUGUCUUGUGAUGUGAAGCUGGACCCUCGCCCUGAAUACCACCGCUGCAUUCUGACAUGGCAUCACCAGGAACCUCUGCCAUGGGCACAGAGCACAGGGAACCAGGUGAGCAGCAGACUGAUGAGUAUGCGCAGUGCUAACGGGCUCCUGAUGCUACCUCCGAAAACAGAGCAAUACGUGGAGCUGCACAAGGGCGAGGUGGUCGACGUCAUGGUCAUCGGCCGGCUAUGAUGUCAUCACGGAGGGACGGCGAGUCGGCAUCAUAUAGCGAGGGUUGGAAUGGGUGGUUCACGGUGCAUGUCCACAUAUCAUUGACUAUUCUGUAAUAUGCAACGGCACAGCUAGUUUUUAUUGAUUUGGAUAACGUUGAGGUAUAGUCAACAUCUUGAUCACAACCUAGAUACAUAUGAAAAAAAUCAAUUUAAAAAGAUUAUAGUAUUUCAAACAAAGAAAAUAUAACUUUUAAUGAAAAAAUCAAAUUAUAAAAAGAGAUUUAUUCUGUAAUAUAUUAUUAUGAUUAUUCUUAUUAUUAUUAUCAUUAUUCUUCUUAUUAUCAUUAUUAUAUUAAGGCAACUUUGUUCCUUUCAUUGCAAUUGCUUUGUGUGUUCAAUGCUAGACCUUAUCUAUAGCAGUAGCAUUUUAAUAGACAGCUGUAGGUGCCUGCCAGGACAAAAAAAGAGAAUUUUUAUUUUCUCAUCUUAGGUGGAAAAAAAAUAAUCAGUUUUUUGAAAAUGAAGAAAACAUUGAGGAAGACUCCAGAUUUCCCAUGGUGCUCAGCAAAGAGGAAGAGGGGGCACAUCAGGGCCACUUCCUCUUUUGAGCACCCGUCGAGGUGACACUUCUGUUUUUCUCUCAUUAGUAUGCAUCAUAAUGGCUUCACAAAGAGCUUUGCUUGUUGUUUAUCUUGUGAGUCUUGUUUAUGUGCGCAGUGCCAAAUGCCUGGGCAGGGAAGGUGAUGUUGGGAGAGGGAGAUGGGGGGGGGGGGCACGCCCCAGUCUGCCCAGACCCUGAAGCUUCCUUAUAUUCACGGUGACCGGGUGUAAACUCCGCCCCCGACCCCCCCAGGGGCGAGCGGAGCCUGGGAAAAAUAAUCUUUUAUUUGAUCAACUAUUUAAGAAAUAAAAAAAGAGAGAAAAGAAACAGCUUCUUUAAGUGCUGACAGCCUUUUUAACCAACUUCACAAAAAAUGUACAGAAAAAAAAUAAGAACCAUAUUGUACAGAUAUAUGUGACCAGCACUCCUAAGGAAAUUAUUAAGCAAUGAGGAGACAUUGAACAACGCUGUACUAUAACAUUUUCUGUAAUGAAAUGAAACUGAUGAA